AUGGGAGCGAGUCCAUCAAGAGUCUACACUACGGCCCAAGUGGAGGAGAUGGAAAGACGUAAUUUGGAAAGGGAGGAUAGUGAGAUGGAUGACUAUAUUCUACCAACAAACAAGUAUGAUAGUUUUGCUCGGUUUGCUCUCAUCAUCUGUUGUACAGUCGGAAUCAUAACAGCCAUCUUGUUCAUCAGUUUGGUGACCGCUGCGGAACUGGCUUCGUAUUUGAAAUCUUGA